ACUACGCCGUGGAAAUCGUGGGACGCUUCAUCAACAGAGUCGAGACGUUGACCCUCAAUAAAAUGGGUGAUUUCAAGGGUCUAAGAGUGCUUUGGCCUCCCGAUGGCCUAAAACCACCUAACCACACACAUGACAUCGUAUUUGUGCACGACCAGAGAUCUAUAUUCGACUGGAAAGCAAAGAACGGAGCCAUUAUUCCAGUGCAAAUUGGAUCAGAAUUGGAGACAAGUCGUAUUUUUGGGUUUGGCUAUGACCUGGGGGACGCGAGAAUCACCUCUGACGGCUUCUUUGAAAAUGACAUUAUAUUCGGCCCAGGCUACGAUCUGUGUUCAAAGCUAAAUGUCGUGAAGAGUACAGACAAGGAGCACAUCCCAAUAACCUUUGUUAGCCAUGGCGUCGGCGGUGUGGUCGUCAAACAUGCACUCUGGGUUUCCAAACAGAGACCUCAACUUGGAGCCAUCUUGAAACAAACAAGUCAUGUUAUUUUUGUCGAUACGCCUCAUUCUAACUUGACUUGGGGCCUUUGGAAGACCCUAUCAGCUGAACCCCAAAGCUUGGCAAGCCGUGGCUGUUGGCAACUAUGGUCAACCGCUGUUGAUAGUGCGCAAGAAAAGUUUCGGAAGCUUGCGUGCUACUUUAACAUCUCAUCGGCAUUUCUAGCAUCGAGAGGUCCUGAAGCAUAUCUUGAUGGAGACACCUUGGCAAAUUCGCCCAACGGAAGGGUCUUCGAGCUUCCCGUGUCUGAAAAUCACCGAGGGCAAGGCCUUAUUGAUGAAGACUUCAUAUCGGAGUGGCUUCUUACUUGCAUAAGAGAAACUAAAUUUUGCUGGACAAGGAAAAGUGCCCACAUUCUUAAAAUUAAAUCCUGGCUUGAACUCCAACCAGAGAUCAUCAAUGCUCAUACAUAUGAACGAAACCUUAGGCUGCGAUGUCCUGGCACCGGAAACUGGCUUUUGAACCAUGCAUCCUUUCGCCAAUGGACUAGUGAUGGGGUUCAGAAUCCAAUCCUUUGGUUAACCGGUCCCCAAGGAUCUGGAAAGUCUGUACUUUCUUCAAUGAUCACUCACCAUAUAUCACAGACACUCCAGGACCCGGCCCCAUAUAUCAACUUUAGCUCUCAAAAGCCUCGUUCGGCUUUUCAACUAGCCUCCUUGUUGGCUUUGCAACUUGUUGAUUUUGCAAUAGAGAAACAUGGAGGUGUAAGCAUUGAAAUUCUCCACGUUAUUGAAGAUAAAUCGAGUCGGCUCCAACGAAUUCACCGCCUGCUUAAGAUCCUUGUGUCUCAGUGCCAAAGGGUCUUUUUCAUUCUGGAUGGCAUCGACCAAAUGGGCCUCCCUGAAGGAAUAGAAAUGCCUUGGAGAGCGCACGAGGUGGAGAGAAUAACACAACACAUGGAAACCACGCUCAAGUUUCUCAUGGAUUUGGCUCGUAACACAAACUCUGGUUCUGUUAGAGUGUGGUGUUCUUCGGAAAACACUACUAGUGGGAUAGAGAAACUCCUAACGAACGAUUCAGCUACUACACGAUUGCGCAUGGAAGGUAAUGCAGUUGCGAAAGAUAUUAGGAGAUGCCUCAACCAUCCUACUAAACAAGAACACGGUGAACUCAUCUCUAAAGACAAAAAUUCAGAUCAUAUUUCCUUGCUCAUCCCCGAAAGACAACGAAACUUUCUCUUAGCCUCAUUGGUUAGGGAGGUCUUGGAUACAAGGAGAAGCGUCCCAGGAGAAACGGAAAGGAAUUUCGACUCAAGCCUAAUGGACUUGGAUGUGAUCUUCAAAAAGACCUUUGGUGAUAUCUGCCAUUCAAAUCGAUCUCAAAAAGAGGAUCCAUCAUUCUCUUGGUUG